AUGGCCGAAACGAAACUCCCCGGAUCUACUGACAGUCAAGAUCACCGACUUGAUCUCAUACUACGUGGAUUAGAGCGGGUCGAUACUGCGGACGCUGAACUCAUUAAGGAUGUUCUGCAUGAAAAGGUGCAUCCUGACAUCUUUUGGGGGGUCGCACCGACGGGAAGGCCCCAUAUUGGAUAUUUAGUUCCAUUUGUAAAAAUUGCAGAAUUGGUGGAGGCCGGCGUAGAGGUAAAAAUUCUACUCGCAGAUCUCUAUGCAUUCCUCGUAAAUUAUCGGCACUCCCGCUCCUUGGUCGCAUCCCGCCGAGAGUACUACAGAUUCGCACUUACUGCUGUUUUCGAGACCAUUUCGGGUUUGCCAGCUUCAACUAUUGCGUUCCAUCAAGAGACUUCAUUUUCGGUCUCGCCGGAUUUUAUAAAUGAUGUCUACGAACUCUUGAGUUAUACAUCGUUGGGAGAAGCUAGGUCUCCGAAUGAAGAGCUCGCCACCACAACGAUGCUCAGUCCCUUAGUGGUACCUAUCGUACAAGCAUUAGAUGAGAGAUAUAUGGAUUGCGAUUUCCAACUAGGCGGUUUGGACCAAGCAGGAUACUAUGUCUAUGGAGACAAAUAUCUCCCAAAAAUUGGCCACAAGAAGCGGCAUGCACACAUAAUGAACAAAAUGCUUCCAGGCCUGACCGGAACAAAAAUGUCUGCGUCUAACCCCAAGUCUAAAAUCGAUCUGUUGGAUCCGCCUGAAAUAGUUUAUCAAAAGAUAAUGGAGGCUCAUUGCGAUUCCAGCACAGCCAAUGAUAAUCCUAUACUAGCGCUUCUCAAGAUAAUACUAGUACCUAUAGGCAGACUACGACUAGAACAGUCAGCUAGGGCGGGCUCUAAUGCCAAAAAAACCAUUCCGUUCGUCGAGCCCAAUGCACCAGAAGGGUGUGUGUUCUCAAUCAUGUCUGGGAGAGAAUCGUACCACUAUAAAUCCUAUGAAGCUAUCGAGCACGACUUUCUGGCAGGGAAGCUGUCCUCAGGCACCCUAAAGGCUGCUGUUGCGGACGCUAUGAACCAGAUCCUUGCGCCUAUCCGUAAAUCUUACGAAGAUAACAGCCAAUGGCAAGAUGUGCUAAAGAUUGCAUACCCAGAAUCGGAGCGAGACGUAUCGAACGCGUCGCCAGAGACGCAAAACGCUAGCGAAAACUUUUGUAUCCCUACUGUCCUACGCGAGGUCUCAAAUGAGAGAGUAAAACUAAUUCCCUUCAAUCCGGCGUUACACACGGCAGAGUUCAUCAAAAGGGUCCAAGAUAGCCCUGAGGUCUGGACGCAUGGGCCAGUUGGGCCUUUUGAGUCUGCUGAGAAUUUUGACACAGAUUUCAUAGACAAAAUUGUGCGACCGAAGACGGACAUGCUGCUAUAUGCUGUGAUCGAUAGGUGUAAACCUCCCACACUGGCCGACAAAGAUGGUGCUUUGGCCGGCCUUAUCGCCUAUCUCGGUACUUCCCCAGCAAAUCUAUGCACCGAGAUUGGCUUUGUGGUUACACUUCCACAGUUUCAGCGAACUCAUGUCACUUCUAACGCUGUUGGUUUACUGUUAAAACUGGCCCUGGACUCUCCAAACGAAGGGGGGCUGGGGUUCCGCCGAGUACAGUGGAUGACAAGUUCUGUGAACCAUCCAUCAAUCAAGACCGCCGAAAAGAUGGGGUUUACGAAAGAAGGGGUGAUAAGAUGGGAUCGUCUCUACCCUGGAGGAGCAAAUACUGGAAAAGAGUCAAAUGGUAAACCUCUAGAUGUCGAUGGCAAAGUUGGUCACAUGAAUGGAAGGGACCUAGGCCGGGAUUCCGUUAUGUUUAGUAUGUGCUGGGAUGAUUGGUACCUCAGCGGUAUGAGAGAACACGUAAAUGAAAGGAUGGCUAGAUAA